AUGGUGCUUUCGCCAAUUGAGCACAUCCUAAAAAGACCAGAUACUUACGUAGGAUCCGUCGAAGCUUUGACAGAGAAGCAAUGGGCAUAUAAUGUCAAUGAUGACAAACUGGAAUACAAAGACAUCACAUAUGUUCCAGCAUUUUUCAAAAUUUUUGAUGAAAUUCUUGUUAACGCUGCUGAUAAUAAGAUCAGAGAUCCUUCAAUGAAUACAAUAAAAGUCAAAUUUGAUAAAGAAUUAAAAAGAAUUUCUGUAUACAAUAACGGAAAAGGUAUUCCAAUAGAACUUCAUAGAGUUAAAUGUAUAUGUACCAGAAAUGCUGUUUGGACAACUUAUGACAUCAUCAAAUUAUAA